GGCUGCCCAGAAAUUGAAUCUGUCUUCCAAGAAGAAGAAGCAGCGCCCUGCGCCCCCUGUGGCAUGUGAUCCACCCCUUUUUCCCACCAACUUCAGCGGCAUCCUGCAGGUGUCUCCGCCCCCUGCUCCGCCCUGCCUCUUACGGGCAGUCAACAAAGUUAAAGACACUCCUGGCAUGGGCAAGGUUAAAGUGAUGGUACGCGUAUGUCCUUCAUCGCCCGUCAGCGCAGCAGAGUCCAGCUCGUUCCUGAAGGUCGAUUCUCGUAAGAAGCAGGUGACCAUCAUGGAUCCAGCAGUUAAUUCUCAGCAGAAUCAAACUCAGAAAUGUGGCAGCUCCAACCAGGUUCCUCCAAAGAUGUUUGCAUUUGAUGCGGCCUUCUCCCAUGAUGCCUCUCAGGCAGAGGUUUGUGCAGGAACUGUGGCUGAGGUCAUCCAGUCUGUAGUCAAUGGAGCAGACGGCUGUGUAUUUUGUUUCGGACACUCCAAACUAGGCAAAUCCUACACUAUGAUCGGCAAGGACGACUCCAUGCAGAGUUUAGGGAUCAUCCCGUGUGCCAUCUCCUGGCUCUUCAAACUGAUCAACGAGUGCAAGGAAAAGACAGGCGCACGUUUCUCCGUACGAGUGUCAGCUGUGGAGGUCUGGGGAAAAGACGAGAACCUGAAAGAUCUGUUGUCGGAGGUGGCGACAGGCAGUUUGCAGGACGGUCAGUCUCCAGGAGUCUACCUCUGCGAGGACCCCAUCUGUGGGAUGCAGUUACAGAAUCAGAGUGAGUUGCGUGCUCCUACGGCUGAGAAGGCCGCUUUCUUCUUGGAUGCUGCCAUUGCUGCACGUUACAGCAGUAAACCAGACUACGACGAAGAGGAGCACCGUAACUCUCACAUGCUCUUCACCCUACACGUCUACCAGUAUCGAAUGGAAAAGACCGGCAAGGGUGGAAUGUCGGGAGGCAGGAGCCGACUGCACCUCAUCGAUCUAGGCAGCUGUGUUAAGGUUUUGAGCAAGACCCGUGACAGCACUACAGGACUCUGCCUCUCUCUGUCCGCUCUGGGCAAUGUCAUCUUAGCUUUAGUCAAUGGCAGCAAGCACAUCCCUUACAAAGAUAGUAAGCUAACAAUGCUGUUACGUGAGUCCCUGGGAAACAUGAAUUGUCGCACCACUAUGAUAGCCCACAUUUCCUCGUCACCCAGCAAUUUCUCAGAGACACUCUCUACCCUUCAAAUCGCCUCUCGUGUUCUUAGGCUGAAGAAGAAGAAGGCUAAACAAUACACAUCCAGUUCCUCUGGUGGUGAGAGCUCAUGUGAGGAAGGAAGAAUGCGUCGUCCAACACAGCUGAGAACCAUCCAUUCUAGAAAUGUUGUUGAUUCAGAGAUGCCCCUGCUACACCUCUCCAGUGACCCUGAAGAGUAUUCCAGCAGCGAACAGUCAUGUGACACAGUUAUCUAUGUAGGUCCAAAUGGCUCAGCCCUCUCAGACAAAGAGCUAACAGACAACGAAGGUCCUCCAGAGUUUGUUCCUAUAAUCCCAUCUCUACAUAAAAAUAAAUCAGAUCUUGGUAAGGCUUCUUUGACAUCACAACCAUCUCAACAGGUUGUAGCCCCACUAGUUCAAGCCUCACAGUCUGUCCAACCCUUGCAGACCAUUAAUCCGCAGCCACUCCCACCUUUGCCAGAGGAAGGUGCUGAGCCAGGUAAAAAGGAAAAAGACUGCCUUAAGUGCAACACUUUUGCAGAGCUCCAAGAGAGGCUGGACUGCAUUGAUGGAAGAGAAGAGGUUACGACAUUCCCUUUUGAAGAAGUCCCUGCCAACAGAGCUGCCAAAUUUGAGCCUGGCCAUGGUCAAGUCGUUAAAGGGGGUCAGCAAUCCAGUUCUCCCAAGAGGAUCUCUGACCAGCAGCUGGAGGAGAUCCGUGAGGUGGUUGAAGAAGCAGAGAUCGCUCAGUCAAUAAUUGAAAUCUUGACACAGUCUUCAACAGGCAGUUGUGGACUCUCCAGCAGCAGAAGUGUGACUGGCAGCAGCGGUAUUGGGCAACUAACUCCUCUUCACAGAGCUAAGAGCUCCAGUUUACAUGACAGCAAAGAAUCCAUCAGUGGUGGAAGCAGCAGUGAGAGUAAACCUCGUCCUAUGGGCUCCCCACGGUUGGGCAUUGCCAGUCUUACUAAAACCUCAGAGUACAAACCACCAUCCUCUCCCUCUCAACGCUGCAAAGUGUACACCCAGAAAGGAAUAAUGCCUGGCACACCACCUCACUUCUCACAUAAUCUUAAUAAAGACUCUAGAAAAUCAUCUACAGAGUCUUUGCUUAAUCCUGAGUCUAGAACCUCUGCGGUGGGGAUGAGCCCACAGGUCCUAAACAGAUCUUCAUCAUCCAAUAGCCUUGGAUCAGCUGAGACACUGUGUGAUGAUGCUCCCCAGCUGCCUUUGGACAGUAAGAAAAAUGUGAAGGACACCACAGCCACAGUUACGCUGGACCAUCCUUUGGAACCCAGUGGAGAGGAUGAGCUGGUGUUUACCCUUGUGGAAAAGCUGACAAUUAGUGGGGUGAUGAAAAAUGGCAGACCAACCAGUAUUAUCAGCUUUAACAGUGACUGCUCGGUGCAGGCUAUGACAUCGGGUUCAAGACCUGUUAGUAUAAUUAGCAGCAUGAGUGAAGACCUAGAACAUUACACCACAGCUCCCUGCACUACCACCGCCACUAUCUCACAAGUCAACAUUGCUAAAUUCCUGCCUCUCCGCAAGAUAGAAGGGGAUGCCCAAGCUAGUCAUCGUUCCUCAAUCAGCUCAUGGCUGAGUGAAAUGAGUGCUGGCAGUGAUGGCGACCAGUCAUGCCAUAGUUUUGUUGCCCAACAGUGCUUUGGACAAGGUGAGGCAAUAGCCGAAGACAGGCUUUUAGAAAUUCAAGAAGAAGGUGAUAUAGACCCCGAGUCAAAUGACCAAAAGAACUCAGACAAAGAGAGUGAUUCCAAUAAAACCGAAGUGAAUGAUAAAAACACAGCUAAACACAAACUAGACAAGCUGUCCUCAACCUCAAGUGGCUAUGUUCCUUUUAAGACCAAUAUCACAACUCACCCAUGUGCUGCUGUUAAUCCAAUAGUUGUGCAGGACUUACAAACAAAAACCCCUCUAGUCAAAGAUCCCAAAUCACCACCUGUUCCAAUCUCAAGUGAGAUCAAUUUUGAUGACCCUUGGAUGAAAAGGGAGGGAUGUGAAGAGACCAAGCCUUUGGAGAUGGUCUGUGAUAUAAAGUCAGAGAAGAGAACAUCUGAAUCUGUAAAAAGGAAGUGGCAAGUUGACAAGCACAGCUCAAGUGAAGCAGCAUGUUCCCUUGAUUCAAUGAACCGGGUGGUGGAUGGCUGCGAGAUGGUCUUCAAUGCAUCUGAAAGCAUAAUUCAAGUGUACUCUGCAGACAUCCUCAGGACGGGUAGUCUCCCUCGUGCAUGGCAUCGCUUGAAUAAGCAGGACGAUCUGGAAGACCCUACAUAUCGUUACAUGAGUGGAGAGUAUAAAAGCCUUGGGGUUACCACUUCCACUCCCUGCAGUCCAAGAGCCACACUCGAAAGAAGAAGUUCAGCAGGGAGGCAAGGCAUCUUUGCUCGUCAGAAAGGAAUCCCACCAUUGCCACCUGUAAGGAAGUCUAGCCUUGACCAGAGGAAUCGAGCAAGUCCACAGCAUAGUCCAGGAAAUUCUCAGACACUAAACCAGCAUCUGUCUUUCCUUGGCAGCACACCUGAAGACUUGGCCGGUAAACACAAAGGACCAAAUGUAGAGAGCAGCAGACUCUUCAGUGCCAAACUUGAGCAGUUAGCAAACAGAACCAAUUCCUUAGGGAGGUCUCAUGAGGCACAUUAUGACUGUCAUUCCUUAGAGAAGGCUGAGAGUUUGACCUCUCUAGGCUCUAAAGGAGGAGUUACAAAAGACAGUACAAUGCCAAGGACAGGUAGGAGCAUCACCCGUGGUUUGCUCUCAUCACCUACCAAUGGACCAAAUGGUAAUAAUAAUGCCACACAAUUACCCAAAGCAAGUCAAUCCAAAAUCUCUGCAGUUAGCAAACUCCUUAUGGCAAGUCCCAAAGCUCGAAGCUUAUCAACCUCUUGCACAAAGACCCUAAGUUUCUCCACCAAGUCCCUCCCGCAGUCAGUAAACCGAAGCUCAAGUUUGCCUCCCAAUGGAAAGAACCAGAACCAAAAUUCAUGGUCAACUCAGUCCUUAAGUCGCAGCAGGGGGACAGGGUUAGCAUCUAAGCUACCUUUAAGAGCAGUGAAUGGACGAAUCUCUGAGCUCCUUCAAGGUAGCGCUAGCUCUCGUGCUGCCCAAGGACGAGGGGCUUCAGACACUGAGGAGAGAGGAGCAGCAGUCCAAGGAGAGGAAAGGCCGGUGGUCCAUACUUUGCCCUCACCUUACAGUAAGAUCACCGCCCCAAGAAGGCCUCACCGUUGCAGUAGCGGACAUGCCAGUGACAACAGCAGUGUUCUAAGCGGAGAGCUUCCUCCAGCCAUGGGAAAGACUGCUUUGUUCUACCACAGUUGCGGCAGCAGUGGCUAUGAGAGUAUGAUACGAGACAGUGAGGCCACAGGAAGCACAUCAUCUGCUCAGGACUCGAUGAGUGAAAACAGCAGCUCUGUCAGUGGUCGCAGGAGCCUUAAGAAUUCAAAGAAAAGAAGUAAUACAGGGUCCCAGAGACGCCGUCUAAUCCCUAACCUUACCUUAGACACCACUUCUCCCGUGAGAAAGCCGGUCAUCAGUCCAGGAGUACGCUGGGUGGAUGGUCCCCUCCGGCCAACACAGAGGGGUUUAGUUGAACCUUUCGAGAUUAAGGUUUAUGAGAUUGAUGAUGUUGAACGUCUACAGAGGAGGCGGACCGUAGGCAAUAAGGAAGUGGUAUACUUUAGUGCCAAACUGAAGAUCUUAGAGCAUCGGCAACAGAGAAUCUCAGAGGUGCGGGCCAAGUACGAUUGGCUGAAGAAGGAACUAGAGCAAACCAAACAACAUCUGAUGCUGGAGCCAGAGAAAUGGACCACUGAAUUUGACCUUCAGCAGACGUUUGAAGUGGACUCUCUGGAGUACUUAGAAGCUCUGGAGUUUGUCACGGAACGACUGGAGAAUCGGGUCAACUUCUGCAAAGCUCAUCUGAUGAUGAUCACAUGCUUUGACAUCUCCUGCCGGCGACGGUAAAAGAUUCGCCAAGUAUUAUGGACAGUUGGAAGUGGAAAAGGCUCAGCAGGGUGUAUGUGAGCAAGUUACAAAGUUCAUCACUACAGUGAUGGCUGAAAUGAUUGGGAAAAUAUAAAGGCUUAAUAUUUUUUCUAAAAUGGAUUUUGGUGGGGAACAGAAAACGCUGGACUUGGAGAGUUGACGAAAAGAAAAAAAACAUUGUCCCACAAAGAUGGAUGAGCACUUUGGAACAUUGGAGUCGUUGUUUGCGAAAAUGGCUUGCUCGCUUGCUGUGAACAAAAUAAAUAUAUUGCCAUAUAAAAGAACAAAUCGUUAAAGAAAAUGAAUGAAAACAGAACAAAAAGGACGACAAGUGCCUUGUGAACACUUCAAUAUCUUGGAAAUCUAUGGACAAAAAUUCAUAUUUGUGUACAGAUGGUGCUAGCUUAAAAAAAACAUGCAUACAAAAAAAAAAAGUUUAAAAAGUGACAAGAAAAAGAAAACACUGCUUGUUAAAUUAUGUGUUUAAUCUCUGUCUCGGUAUUUGUAUUGUUAUACACUAGUCACAUUCAACAUGAACUGUUACGUGUGUUUUAUAUUAUUUUUUUGUAUUCUUGGACACACUGAGACCACAUAGAGCAUUUCAUAUUCAUGGAAUAGCACAGCAGGACAUCUCGAAGAAUGGUUCUGGCAUUGGCUCAUUGAUUUUUCACAUCCCCUGCGGUUAUGUUGGCAUUUUCAGCAGUGUGACGCCUCGGGCUGGGCCACUCCAACGUGUCACGGUUGAGCGGCGAGAAGAAUCCUCAGUCUGGCAGGACCAACAAGGAUCUUUAAUAUCAAUAAUGCAUCCCAACUUCUUGGGCAUUUUUAAAACAACACUUCACAGUAUAAUUUUGUUCGUCAAAUACAACUUUUGUCGAAAUCGUCGAAUUUAGUAAGUUGCAUUGCAUUCCAGAUCAUAUUGGUGCAUAUGUCUGCUCAUUGGCCUUCCCUCUAUGUGGUCUCAUUGUACGUGUGCUGACACUUUGGUAUAAAUCUGUUUAUAUAUACAGUAUAUAUAUGGUGCUUGAGACAGUUUCAGCUCUAAACGUUUAUAGAUGAGUAUAUAGCCUGUUUCUGGUACUAGCUAAAGACUUCAUAUGCUUUUCCAUUCCCGCUUCACUCCUCUUCCCUGCCCUGACCCUCGCCAAAGCAAAGGGGAGCGACAUUCCUGCUGCCCUUUUGACCUUUUGGCAUUGUAAUGAAUGAAGGAUAUUAUUUAUUUUUUACCUCAGGAGGCCUGUAUGACAGAGAUGCUUAUAUUCUAUAAUUUAUUUAGCCUGCAAAGCACUAUGCAUUAAAAUUGUACAGUAGCUAAA